UUUAAAAGUUGAACCAUUCAAUAAAUUCUCAAGAUGUUUCAUCUGUUUCUUGUAAUCAGUGCAGUUUUGUGCCACCAUUUUGUUUUUGGAUAUGGUGGAUUUGGGGGCGAAAUGCAUAUGCCGAAACCAUAUCAAUUCGGAUACGUUGCCAAAAUUAAUGGUGGAGAAUCACAUCACCAUGAAUCUGGCAUUGGAGGUGCAGCAGUCCAAGGAAGUUACGGGUAUACAGACGCCAAAGGUAUUCACAGAGAAGUGACUUACUUGGCUGACCAAGGAGGAUUUAAAGCUCAAGUCAAGACAAAUGAACCCGGUACCGCCCCUAAGGAUCCAGCAGCCGUCCAAAUGAUGUCUACUGGCGAUGAAUACAUGGGAGCUGGAUUUGGUGCUGGUGGCAUGGGUGGUGGAUACAUGGGAGGAGCUGGCAUGGGUGGAAUUGGAGGAGGAAAAGGUGGAUUUGGAGGAAGAAUGUGGUAAACAGGAAAAUGAAAUCUGGAAUUUAGACAAAUUUUGAUGGAAUAUUUGAAAUGGAUGGCAAAGCGCUAUAAGAUAUUUCGCUGAGCAAACUGAAAUUGAGUCAUAUCUUGGGACAGUUUUUGAUCUGGAAGUGGUUAUUUUAAAUUCAAACAAUUUGUGUGAAUGUCCUCUUAUCGGCAAUUUAUUUUUUCUUUGUUUUGUGUUUGUUGUGUUUUGUUAAAUUGCUCAUUGCUUUUUAU